AUGUUCCUCUGCGCAGGUGACCAACAGAAGAGCCAACAGCUGACCCUGGUGCUUCUCGGGGAGUCGGGCUCUGGGAAGAGUGCCAGUGGGAACACCAUCCUGGGAAUGAAGGUUUUUACAUCAAAGCCCAGCUCCAUGCCUGUCACCACUGAGUGUGAGAUGCAGACAAAGUCUUUCUGUGGUACAGUGGUGAGAGUCAUCGACACUCCAGACUUCUUUGAUGACACUCUUGAGAUGCAAAGCAGAGACAUUCUGACGUGCAGAAAGCUAUGUGAGGGUGGUCUGUGUGUGUACCUGCUGGUCAUUCAGAUUGGCCGUUUCACUGAGGGAGAGAUAGGCAUUUUAGAGAGGUUAGAGAAAGCACUGGAGACCACUGUAAGGGACAGAGCCAUCAUCCUCUUCACAAAUGGGGAUGAUCUGAAAUCCAAAAUUGAUGAUUUUGUCAGAAACACCAAUCGAUUCCUCCAGCAGGUCAUUGACAAGUGUAGCGGGAGAUAUCAGGUGAUAGAUAGUCCUCGGAGGGAGGCAGAAAAGCAGGUGAAAGAGCUCAUGGGAAAGAUAGCUGACCUGGUGCAGAAGACUGACAAGGUUUAA